CUGCUGAAAAGUGUUCCUCCGUUGCACAGCAACCUAAUUGUUGUAACGUAGUAACUUGGAAUUGUUUGGAAUUGAUUUCAUUUCAAAAUUCCAUCGUCCUCUGUCCAGUAUAGAAGUAAAAUGGUCAAGACACGCAAGGAGGCGUCCGUUUCGCUGGUCGGAACUACCGACCCGGAAUCGUUGGUUCAACAGGUUAAGCUGCCGACGGUGGGGUGCGUUAUGAAAAGAUUUUUUUUUUUGUUAAGCUCGUUGAACUCCGUGGUGUUUGCUAUAAGUAAAACGACGUCCGAGCUUCUACAAGUGUGGCAAAAAACCACUAUUAUUUGCCAGAUGCACAAGAACGUGGCCAGGACCAUACGGAAUCUACUUGCAGAGCUAAAAAUGGCGCAAAAAGACUCUUAUCGCGACACCGAAAGGAAGAGGAAGUGGAAGAUAAGGAUGGAUCAAUUGCUGGAUGUAUCCCUGAAAAAAGUUAUCAUUGAAGACCCGAAAGUUGCAGAAUUUUUAGAAGAUCAGAGAAAGGAGCGAAAUUUUUCUUUAUCAAGUAUUAACGAGCCACAGCUGUACAAGAGAACUAAGAACGAACAUAAGCACGCAGAAGAAGAAGAAGAACAAGAAGCUACAGAUGUUGAACAUGAUUUCAAGCCACCACCACCAAAAAAGAUCAAAAAAAUGCAACAAAGAAAGAGCGAACCAUCCAAACCGGAAAUUAUAACGGAGGACGUUGCUGAAGCUUUGGAUCGAGCAAAACUUUCCGAUAGACAGGCAUUAAAGAUCAUUUUACCGGUUAUGGACGCUAUGGGCCAAGAUCCUGCCGACGUACCAAUUUCAAGAUCAACAAUUAGCCGGAAGCGGAAACAUGCGCGAAAAGCCAUCGCCCAAAAAAUUCGAAAGGAGUUUAUUCCGGCUGACCCGAUGGUAGUCCAUUUCGACGGGAAAUUGUUGGAAAAUCCGAACGGGUCCGGAAAAGUUGAGCGAUUACCGACACUAGUGUCUUGGGACGGAUCCGAGAAAUUACUCGGCACUCCAGCACUCGUCAAAGGCACAGGCGAAGAAGGAGGCAAAUCAGUUUACGGAUUGCUGCGUAAGUGGAAGUGCGAUAAAUUUAUCCAAGGAUUGUGUUUUGAUACAACUAGUGUAAACACAGGACGAACUAACGGAGUAUGUGCCAAUCUUGAAAAAUUGCUAGGACGAGAGCUACUCUGGCUAGCUUGUCGGCAUCAUGUGUUAGAAUUGCUGCUAUCUAAGGCCUUUUGCAUCUGUUUUGGACCCACAACAUCGCCGGAAACUAACCUUUUCAAGGUAUUCAAAGAAAACUGGCCUCUGUUUAAGAAGAAUUCACCGAAACCUAUGCGAAUCAAAAAACAUCAUCAAACUUUUCGAGAUUCCACGGUGCGAACUCUUAAGUCCAUCCGAGAAUGGCCGAGGAAUGAUUAUCGCGAGUUGUUUGAUCUAACUUUGUUUGCUUUGGGGAAAAGCCGCACGAUUUUUUUGAAAGCGCCGGGAGCGGUGCACCACGCGCGAUGGAUGAGCAAAUUGAUUUAUGCCACAAAAAUAUUCUUGCUUCGCAAAGAAGGACAUUUGAUUGGACUAAAGAAAGAAGAUGAGAAAAAAAUCGAGCGGUUUGUUCUGUUUGGUUCGCUCAUCUACACAGCAGCUUGGGCAGAAGCACCACUGGCGACGGAAGCAGCCAUCAACGAUCUGAUGCUGUGGAAGAACCUUCAGUUAUUCAAAAAGACUGAUUCCGAAAUCGGUGACGCCGUAAGCAAGGUACUUGAAAGACACCUCUGGUACUUAUCGGAGGAUCUGCUCGGCAUGUCUCUGUUUUCUGUAAAGCUCUCACAUCGCGAAAAAGACGAAAUUGUCAGGGCCAUGAAGGCGAAAACCGCCAGCGCCGAAAGAUCUGUAACCGGCAGCAAAAGUGUUAUAAACACCAAGAACCCAUGUUUGGCCGACUUUGCAACCCAGAGAUCUUUGUUGUUUUUACCAAGAUGGAGAUAGAAGCAUCAUUUAUGGAAAGCCCAUCAGCGACA